GCGUUUUCAACACCUCGCAGGCUUCCGUAGAUCCGCAGCUGAAAACAUGGCCGCCGCCUCUUGCCAGCGUGAGUGAACGGGGGGAAGUUUGUGUUGCCGCAGCGAGGACACACGCGCACACAUCGUUCCACAGUUUAUUUCACUUUGACAAGAAAUACAAUUAAACCCCAAGAGCGGCGUCUCCUCCCGGCUCAGGUGUCCCAGGUAAAAACCUCCAAACGCCGCCUGCUUAGCCGUAGCUAGCUAGCAUGCUAACAGCUCCUCUGGUGGUGAUGUGUGCAGCAGCUCCAGAGUUUUCUCCAAAACGUACGUGAACGAUGCUAAGCUAACGGGGCUAGAGGCUCAUUUUGAAGUGACCCCAAAGAUCCUCUCAGCAACAACUCAACAGACACAACACUAAACUUUCUGGAGGCCUCGACAACACAAACUAACUUGGGCUCUGUCCCUUUAUGCUGGUGAGGUCAGCUCGGCUCUUCCCCUUCCUCGUCUCCAGUCGGCUGCAUCUUCGUUUCCCCUGUGCUGCUCGGCAGACGUGUCAGUGGAGGAUCAGCAGUGCUGCUGCUGUUCUCAGCAGGGGACUGAAAUCUAUGGAGCCCCUGAAAACCCGUCAAGACCCAGAGGUUCCCAGUAAUAACCCCCCGCCUGCAUCUACUGGAUCCACAGCUGAUGUUAUGACCCCAACAGACACGGCACCUGACGCGAAGACGCCGCCUCCCGUGGGUCUUUUACCAGGGGAGACGGUGGUCAAGGAGGGCAAGGCGGCCAUCUUGUUUCCCAGUGCAAAUGAAGUGUUUUACAACCCGGUCCAGGAGUUUAACAGAGAUCUGACAUGUGCUGUGAUCACAGAGUUUGCCAGAGAUCUGCUGGCUCAGCGCGGCAUAAAGGUGGUGGUGCCUGGAGAGAAGGAGAGGGUGGUGGUCUCUCUGUCGGAGGAGACGAACGAGGCAGACGCUCCGGUGAAGGAGAAGGACACAACAGAGGAGCCGGCGGAAACUGCAACAGUGGGGGAGAAAUGUGAGCGCGGUCUCCGGGUCCUUGAGGGCCUGGCGGCGUCGGGUUUACGCUCUGUGCGCUUCGCUCUGGAAGUCCCGGGCCUGCAGAGCAUAACCGCCAACGACUUCUCCACCAAGGCCGCGGGCCUGAUCGCCAGGAACGCCGAGUACAACGGAGUUACCCACCUGCUCCAGUCCAGCUGCAGGGACGCCAGUAUGCUGAUGUACGAGAUGCGAGGGAAGAAGGAGCGCUAUGACGUCAUAGAUCUGGAUCCGUAUGGCAGCCCCGCCCCCUUCCUGGAUGCCGCCGUACAGGCCGUCAGUGAAGGAGGUCUGUUGUGUAUAACAUGUACCGACAUGGCCGUGAUGGCUGGAAACAGUGGAGAGACCUGCUACAGCAAGUACGGUUCAGUCUCCAUCAAAGCCAAAUACUGUCAUGAGAUGGCUCUGCGUAUCAUCCUCCACAGUUUGGACCAGAGGGCGGGGGUGUACCAGCGAUACAUCCAGCCCCUGCUGUCUGUCAGCGUCGAUUUCUACAUCAGAGUCUUUGUACGUGUCUUCACGGGACAGUGCACAGUGAAGAACUCCGCCAGUAAACAGGCUCUGGCCUACAACUGUGUCGGCUGUGGGUCUUUCCACUUACAGAGAAUGGGCAAGAGAACGAUGAGUGGGAAACAUAUGAAGUAUUCUGCUGCUACCGGACCUCCUGUGGGACCAGAGUGUGAGCACUGUGGACAGAGACAUCAGAUGGGGGGUCCUCUCUGGGUGGAACCCAUCCAUGACGUGCCGUUUGUCCAGAGGGUUCUGUCCGCUGUGUCUGGGAAUCCGUCCAGAUUCGGAACAUCUAAACGCAUCGAGGGGAUGCUGAGCAUGGUGACGGAGGAGCUGGAAGAUGUUCCUCUUUAUUACACGGUGGACAGUCUGAGCAGCACGAUACACUGCAACACGCCGCCGCUGCUCCAGUUCUGGUCUGCUCUUCUUCACGCCGGUCACCGGGCUUCCCUUUCUCACGCCUGUAAGAACGCCAUCAAGACUAACGCUCCCCCUGCAGCCAUCUGGGACAUCAUGAGAUGCUGGGAGAAGUCGAACCCUGUGAAGAGGGAGAAGCUGUCUGAGACCAGCCCGGCCUUUAAGAUCCUCUCCACUGAGCCCAGUCUCGAGGCCUGUUUCACUGUGAGGGAAGACGCCAACCCUCAGUCCCGUAAACGCCACCUGACGAGGUUCCAGGAGAAUCCUCAGGCGUUCUGGGGACCGAAAUCUCGGGCCAAAGCCAACGGAGGCAUCUCUACCAGCCUGCAGGACAAGAGAGAGAAGUACCAGAACAAGAGGAAGAACCAGAUCACAGAUUCUUCUCAAUUGAAAAACCUCCCCUGCAAGAGGUUCAGACAGGGAACGUGCUCACAUGGAGAGAGAUGCUGCUACUCCCACGACCUGCAGCAGACAAAUGAAGAGAAAAUGGAUUGAUUCUGCUGUGCUAGCUUUUUUUUUUUUUUUUAAUUUUUAUUCCUGGAGUUCUGCAGUCAGGUUUUAUUUUGGUGAGGACAACGAACUAAAAUCUGUUGAUGUGCAGAAUAGAGCUGUCGCCAUGUCCAGAUAGUGACGAUAACAGUGACGCUUUAAAAAAGGGAAAUACUGAUAUUGUUAAAGAUACAAAUGUGUCAAACCAGUUUCUUUCUGUUGUGAUGCAGUUGGUUCAAACUGGAGUUACUGGGUUGGAACCAAUAAACAAACCAUCGUCGCCCUCGUUCUCUCUGAGGCCGAAGGACCGACUGUUUCAUUUACAGCUGAAAACAAGCAGAAGCUAAAAUGUUGCAUCCCGAGAACACAACAAACAAACUGUAAAGUUUUAUUUCAUAGGUUAUUUGUUUUAUUCAUUUGACUGCUGUCAACAUGUCUUUCACAUCAAUAAAGUCCUCAAUGUGACUUUAAACCUU